UCUCGACCUCAAGAUGCCGAGCCCGGGGAAGCUCGUUGGCGGGCGCGGUCUUCUCUUGGCCACCGGCGAGGGGAGGGGUGCGUGACGUAAGUCCUAAGGUAAUGAAGAGACCGGAGUUUGUCCUCGCGUAGUCUUCCCACGUCGGGAGCGAGUAGUGGUGGUGUGCGCAAAGACUUACUUAAAGCUUGCGUGGUUGCAGGUCAGUUUUCUGCGAGUUGUCAUGGAGUUCAGAAGUUGAACAAAACCCCGUUUGGCCCAAAUUUGGAUUACAAUUGGCAGCGCGGUUCGGGAGACAUUGUGGGGCCGGUUUUUGGCUGGUUUACAGCGGUUGGAUGAGGAUGUUUUCUACGCUCCAGUCUCUCCUGCUUAGUGCGGUUUGCUUGGUGAGGAGCGGAGCGCAGUAUUCCAGCGACCAGUGCAACUGGAGAGGAAGUGGUCUGACCCACGAGUCCCAUUCCCGUGAUGUGGAGCAGGUGUACCUGCGGUGUGGCGAGGGAUCUUUGGAAUGGCUUUACCCAACAGGGGCCAUCAUUGUCAACCUGAGGCCCAACAUGGAUCCCUCAGGCAGGGCCAGCUCCAACCUCCACGCCUGCCUUCGUCCCCGGGCAGAUUCAAGUGGGGCCAGUGUGUACGUGGAGCGCGCUGGCCGUCUCCGGCUGCUACUCUCCCAGGAGGAGCAGGCAGCAGGCCGUGUGCGCUGCUUCUGGCUCCAGGAGGGGGCGCUGUUCGUGGAGGCAGCGGCACACAGGGACAUCGGCAGGAGGGUGACGGCUUUCCAGUAUGAGCUGGUCAGCGCUGGAGAUGUUGUGAGAGCACCCUGCAGACCCUGCACUGAUGAAGAGAUUCUCAUGGCAGUCUGCACCAGUGACUUUGUGGUGAAGGGCAGUAUGCAGUCCAUUGAGGAAUAUAAUGAUGAAGAGCAGGCGACGGUGGUGGUGUCGUGUAGCCGGGUGUAUCGUCAGAAGAGGAGAGUGUUUUUGUUUGCAGGGGGGCGUGGCUACGGUCGAUGGACAGGCCGCAUGAAGAUUCCACGGGAGUGUGGCAUGCAGAUGGGGCAAGGGGCGUGGCAGGAGGAGGAGUUUCUGUUCACGGGAGCUGUGCGGUUAGGGGAGGCGUGGCUGGGCUGCGCUCCUCGGUAUAAAGACUUCCUUCAGGUCUAUCAGGCCUCCUUGAAAGCAGGCAGCAACCCCUGCCACAUAGAAUGACACCACCCACUCCCACCUUUACAGGACCACACUCUCAUGGCCAGCACUCAAAACCGAACUGCUCCAUCCCAUCCAGGUUGCCUUCAACAAGACAGCCAAUCAGAAGAGAGCUGGAACUGGUGUGCAGGGUGUGAAGAAGUCAGUGAAGGAGAAAGUUACACGGGACCGGAGAUGCACAGGUGUGAUUGACAGUUGAUGGAUGUGUGCUGUUGUCCUUGAGAAGAAGAGGAAGUUAUUGUUUAAACAGCAUAAUGUGUUCGGCUCUUGCUGCUGAAUUCAGAGUCCUUAGUUAUCUGGUGUGGAUGGGUGGGUGUUGGGUGUAGAGAGUGAGCGUGAAAGUGAGUGAAUAUUACCUCUUGCACAUGUGUACUGCAGGGCUUUCCUUCCGUCCAGUCUCAUGGUAAAAUAAAACCUCCAUAAGACAUAAUAAUGCUGAACUCUUAACACAAUGUUCUGGUUUAGAACUGUAUUGUUACAUUGAUCUAUGCAUUCUAAACAAGAUUCAGUGAUGACUGUAAUUUGGGUACAUAGAGAAAUGGGUUGUUAUGAAGGUUAUUAUGCAGAUUAGCACUGGAACAGUGUGGUUGGGGAUGUUGGUUUGACUGCCCUGGUGUACACAGAGGUUUGGCAUUGCUUUUGUUAGAAAGCUUUGUGUAUAGUGCAGUCAAUUUUUCUGACUGAGUUUGAGGAUUGCAUGCGUUUGUGUGUGCGUGUGUGUGUACAUGUACAGUUUCUUUUCUCUGUAUAAUUUACCAGGAAUGAAACACUCCCUGGAAGCAGCUAGAUGUCUAUAUGGUCUCAUUGUAUGUUUGUGUGUGCGUUGCCUACCUUGCUGGACAGAAAAUAAAAUGCAUCCACAAGAACAGAAAGGUAUGAAAGAUGUCCAGUGUUUUGAAAGGCAAUUCAGGUCCUCAUGAGAAAAACAUGCAGAUUUCAGUAGAAAAGUGAAAAGAGCCAGAUUUCCUUUUUCUUCCUGAGCUAAUUAUAAUAAUAAAGGUUUAAUAUGUGGUUCUGUGUAAAACCUACAUAAAUGUAGUUACUUUGUGUGCGUGCAUAAUGCUAAUCUCCCUGGGAACAAACCUUCUCUCCAGAAUCUCCAG